AACGUCGCAUAAACUUUGACUAUAUAUACAUGGACUACUAUCUUCAUUGUUGCCGAUGAAGCCGAAGUAAUAGAGGUACUAGAUCGGGAGCAUCGGGAAUUUUCAUGCGCGCGCAGGAAUCCCACCCACCCUCGCACCUUCCAAUCACGGUGAACCACGGAGCGACGAACACCCUCCUACGUUCCAACAAACGCUACGCUCGUUGCAACGAAAUCUCGCGCAUGCUCAGAGCCCAUGUCCCGAUCUAGUACCUCUAUUGCUUUGGCUUCACGAUUCCCAUUCAACAACAAUAGGAGAUAGCAGUCCAUGUAUAUAUAGUCAAAGCGCAUAAAACAACGUUAUCUAGAUGCAUCGCCAUUGGUUGAUUUGUAAACAUAAGCCAACCAAUCACAUUCGUUGAUUCCGAACAGCUCUUUCGAAAUGUGUAUAAAUACAGCGGCAAGCCACUCUUGUAACAUUAUUGUUCACUGUUUGUUCUCACGCUAGUGUUGUGUUCAACGAUUACUGUUCAGUCGUCAUGGCUCGUACUAAGCAAACUGCUCGUAAAUCUACCGGAGGUAAAGCUCCCAGAAAACAACUCGCCACCAAAGCUGCCCGUAAGAGCGCACCAGCCACCGGAGGUGUCAAGAAACCCCACAGAUAUCGUCCUGGAACUGUCGCUUUAAGAGAAAUCCGUCGUUAUCAAAAAAGUACCGAAUUGCUGAUCCGUAAAUUACCUUUCCAACGGUUGGUUCGUGAAAUUGCUCAAGAUUUCAAGACUGAUUUACGUUUCCAAAGCUCUGCGGUGAUGGCUCUUCAAGAAGCCAGCGAAGCUUACUUAGUUGGUCUUUUUGAAGAUACCAACUUGUGCGCCAUCCACGCCAAACGUGUCACCAUCAUGCCUAAAGAUAUCCAAUUGGCAAGAAGAAUUCGUGGUGAAAGAGCUUAAGCAUUCCAUCGCUUGUACAGUCAAUAAAACGGCCCUUUUCAGGGCCAACAAACUUAUUUCUUCAUCAAUGUGUUGUAACGAUUGUUGUCAUUUUGAUAUUGGUAUUGGAAAUUCAUGUUGCUCUUUGAACAGAGCAAUAACCGACCAAUGAACAUAAGAAAUCUACUACUGCUUUCAGGUUAAAUUCUGCUUUUGCCUUUUUUUCAACUUCGGCGAUCGAAGUUUGAAUUUUGAAAAUGCGACGAGAUAUUUUUAUUUAGAAAUGAAUAAUUGAACAAAAAUGAUGAGUGAUUCUGAUUGAAAUAUAAAUUUUAAAAGUUCAAAUCCAAUUUCAGUUUUUAUUUCUAAUUGUUACAGCAAAGCAGCAGUAUGAACUGUAAGAAUAUUACGAGCCUACGAGGAUAUUUUUUUAUCAAUAUUUCUUGAUUGUUGAGAUACGAGUAGGUACUUCUCGAUAAUAUGAAAUUAAUCAUUUCGAUGUUUUCUCCAUUUAUAAUGCUACGCUACCUUUUGUUAAAAAAUUGUAUUUUGAGCAGUUUUGAUCACGUAUUAUCGCUGUUUUAAAAGCAAACUCCAAUAUGUAUUAAAAUUUUUUGUAUUAGAUGAAUCGUUAAAAAUUGAAGCAUUCCUCUGAUAUUGAAAAAACUCAUCGAAUGAGAAAAAAAUAAUGAAAAAACUUGAAACAUGACCAAAAAAACUGAAAUUCGAAAUUUCAAAUCACCCUGCAAUGGAUUACUCGUACUUUGAUUGGCUAUUUAAAAGCCAAUUAAUAUUCUUGAUUUUCCUUCGUAAAUGAAAUCUGAAAGGUCAAAAAAACUGAGAAAUUUCAAAUUUGAGACUUAUUACAUUAGCUAAAAUAAUGGCUGCUGAAACCCAGACAGUUGGCUACUCCAUUCUGAUCUAUUUUAAGCUAUGUACUUACGUACGACUAUCUUUAAUUUUACAGA